AGAGGGUUCAACUUUUCUUUCCAAACGCUACACCUGCUGGGUUGGUCGUGUGGCGGGCGGCAGACAACAGCAAGAACGACUCGAUCUCGUUUGCUCAUUUUCCGUUUUACCAACGCCUUCCCAACCACAAUGAAGUUCACGUCCGUCAUCCUCGCCGCCGCCGUCGCCACGGUCGCCGCCGUUCCCUGCGAACAGGGCACCCUCAUCACCGCUUUCGGCGCCGUCAUGAUCUCGCCUGAGCAUGCUGCGUGCCAGGAGGCUUCGGGCUUCACCCUCAUCAACUUGGCGACGAACGUUCUGCCGACGCCCGAGCAGGCCAAGAAGAUGGUCGCCAGCGCGGACUGCAAGGCGCUUUACGCCAACAUGCAGAAGGUCUCUGCCACGGUCACGCCCUCGUGCACGAUCGCCGGUGUCGAGCUCAGCACGAUCGCCACGACGCCCUUGGAGAAGGUCUUGGCUGCCUUCGCCAGCGGUGGCAAGACCGAUGCGGCGACGACGGCCCCCUCUUCUGGUAAGACCGACGCGGCGACGACGGUCCCCGCUGGCAAGCCCGCCAACACGACCACGACGGCCCCCGCCGACAUCACGAAGCCCACGACCGCCACCGCCACGGCGACCCCGGCCCCGACCGCCAAGCCCUCGAGCGCCGCCUCGGCUGGUGUUGCCGUGGCUGCCCUCGCCUUGACCGCUGCCGCGGCCCUCCAUUAAGAUGCCCUCCCAAAUCGGUUGUCUUUCUACUAACUACCAAAAUGCAGUGUUGUUUUCGUGUUGCGA